AUGGCUCCAUAUAAUGCAUGCCAUGGGGGUACAGUUGGCCGGAGGCAGGACCAGGGCUUGAUCGCACAUGCGACUACACUUUUGCAGAAACCUGGCGCAAGCAGAGCGGAGCGCGUGUGCGCCAAGAUCGCCAUCGACUCGGACAUCAACCUGAUAUUCAGUCCGAAUGAGGUUCCAAAUUACUAUGGCAGGCAGCAGGGCGAGCUGAAGCCAGUCUGCCGGAUCGAGCCGUCUACCCACGCCGAGCUUGUGUGGGUGUUGGAACAAUUGAAGCAUGGCAGGAGUCCUUUCUCCGUGAAGGCUGGUGGCCACUCGAUGUGGCCUGGAGCAAGCAACAACGACGGCGGGGCGGUAAUCAGUCUGCGCCGGCUGAAUCAAGUGGAAGUGGCGGAGGAUAGGAAGAGCGUGAGGAUCGGUGCGGGGGCGACCUGGAAAGAGGUAUUCGAUGUCAUUGAGCCGAUGGGUCUGCUGGUCGUCGGAGGACGCAUGAGUACGAUCGGGGCGGGAGGUUUCCUCUUGGGUGGCGGAAUCGGAUGGAUCACUCACCGUCACGGAUCGGGUGUCGACGCAAUCAUGUCUUUCGAGUUAGCACCACCGAAUGGUGAUGAGAACCUCUACCGCGUCAGCCAGGACUCCAAUCCGGCACUAUUUCGAGCCCUGAGGGGAGCCGGCGCAGCAAAUCUGGCAUACAUGUAUUCCUGGGAUCAAGCGGAAGAAGUGACCAACAUCGAAAUGACUCAUGUUGCCGAAGAUGAUGAGAAGGACCUCGAUGCGAUGCAACUGAGCAUCUACAACUAUAACGCGACCGCCGACGCCCUCACAGCCAUGCUGUACCGGAUACAUACCUCCCACGCAGACCUGGACACCACGCCGGAAGUCUUCAACGUCUCAGACAAGCUGACUCUUCUGAUGCCGGACUCACCACAGGUGCAAACUCACUCUGAGAACAUCGACUAUGCCGCACAGUUUGCCCCGCCUUCAGGGAAGCGAGCGUAUUUUGCAACCACAAGCUUCAGACCGUCGACAGCCAUCACUCCAGAGAUCGUUUCCCUGAUUGGAGAAUUUCUAAGAAAAGCUAAGGACACAGCUGGGGAGAACUCUGCCAAUAUCCAGCCGCUGUAUCGCAGUUUCUUCACCCAGAUGAAAAAGCGCGGCGGGAACUGCUUCAACCUUGCUAACGAUACUGGACCGCUCCUGUUGUUUGCUUAUGGCGCAACCUGGGAACACACGGAGGAUGAUGAUUUCAUGAUCGAGUCAGGAAAGCAACUCCUGGAGGACUUUGAGGCUUUGACGAAGAAGCACAAUCUUUUCCAUCCAUAUAAGUACGUCAACUAUGCGGCGAAGUGGCAGGAACAAGCUGUCUGGGAGGCAUAUGGUGAGGAGAACCUUCGCGAACUGAGGCAAUUGCAACGUGAACUCGAUCCGGACCAAGUAUUCACCAAGAAAGGACUCUUCCGGGAAUACUACAAGCUUAAUUGA